CUCCUUCUGGCCGCCCAGUGUUUUUCCAGCUGCCGGCUCAGACUUCCUCUUCCCGGAAAGGAGAUUCGGUGUACAUUAUUUUUUUUUUCUUCCUGCGCGUGAAGCUCCAGCAAAGUCAGUGUCUGAGAUUUCUCCAGUGCUACCUGUUGAGCUUGAAAGUUUUCCUGCUUUUUAACUGUGUAACUGGCAGAGAAAGCUGAACCCAGUCAAGAGCGCUAGAAGGUCACACUGCCCCAGUCAGAUGCAAACUUCCAGUGUCCACUACGUGGAGAGGCAGACCCCCCUCCUGUCUGCGUGGGGAGCAGUCCUUGUUAAAGCAACACUGACAGCCUGAGGUUUGGAGAAGUUCUAAUGACUUUCAGCCUGGGUUGGAAAACUUCCAGGAGCCAGUGGCGUCUCCUGCAGGCUAUGAGCAGUGGGUUGCCCCUGUUUCCCUGGAGGACGGCAGGGAGCUGUUUGGACCCUGAGAUGAAAGCCUACCUGGAGGAGAACACUGAAGUCACCAGCAGUGGCAGCCUUACCCCUGAAAUCCAGUUACGGCUUUUGACCCCCAGGUGCAAGUUCUGGCGGGAAAGGGCUGACCUGUGGCCCUACAGUGAUCCCUACUGGGCAAUCUACUGGCCAGGAGGCCAGGCCCUGUCUAGGUAUCUUCUGGAUAACCCGGAUGUUGUCAGAGGAAAGUCUGUCUUAGAUCUUGGGAGUGGAUGUGGGGCUGCAGCAAUCGCUGCUAAGAUGAGUGGAGCAUCAAAGAUCUUGGCCAACGACAUAGACCCCAUUGCAGGAAUGGCGAUUACACUAAAUUGCAAAUUAAAUGGACUGAAUCCUUUUCCCAUUUCAACGGAAAACAUUCUGAAUACCCAACAAGGUAAGUUUGAUGUCAUUGUUCUUGGAGAUAUGUUUUAUGAUGAAGACCUUGCAGACAGUCUUCAUCUGUGGCUGGAGAACUACUUUUGGACCCACAGAACCCGAGUGUUGAUUGGUGACCCUGGGAGGCCCCAGUUCAGUGGACACAGCAUUCGGCGUCGGCUGCAUCAGCUGGAAGAAUACACACUUCCAGAGCCAACUCAGCAGGAUAACAAUGGACUGACCACAAGUGCAGUGUGGGAAUUUCAUCCCUGAUUUUUCAGAGUGCUUUUAUUAUGGGUAUAGUUCUGUUUGUAUUAAACUCUAAAACUUUCUUCUGUA